AUGGCUCUAUCCAGGAUUUCCCUCAAUCCUCCUCCGAACAUAGAUCCUACCAAGGGCACAUUAGCCUAUGGACGCUUGGCUUUAAAAAGACUAAGAAUUGAACUCAACGAUGAUAGCCUUCUUGUGCGACAAAGAGCAGUUAAAGCUCUUUCAGAUUAUAUUCAUGACAGUGAAAAUGUUGCUUCUGCUAUAAAUGAAGUACACGGAAUUGGUCGGCAAGCAUUUCUGGACCACGAUAUACUUUCUGCCUAUGACAAAUUAUACGCAUCUACAGAACCAGACAUAGUUAGAAAGCGGGUUCACCAAUCUUUAGCAUUACUGACAAGUGUUCCUCUUUACGCAGAAGGAGUUGUGAACAAGGGGCUGAUACCUUUAUUAGUUGGGUUAUCCGAGAGAGAAUUAGAUGAACUAAAGCCCUUAGUUUUAGAGACCCUUAGCUACAUCCUGUCUUUUGAACCUAAGUCUGGCCUCAACGCAAAUGGAAUGAAAAUUUUUACAGCAUUACUCAGUCACAAAGACCCCAGCGUCAGAACAAAAGCCGCCCUUUGUAUAUUAAAGAUGAGGUAA